UAGAUGAACCGCGUACGCCAAGAAAUGACAAGAUACACACAUCGAACUUCCAGAAUAACCAAAGUACCCCUACCCCUUUCUCAUUCCCAUCCUUCGAUCUCUGUAAUAAAUCUUCCGUAAAGCGCCGCAGUCGCGAGGAAGAAGAAGAUCAAGAGAGGGGGGCAAAAUGGGAAGAAGGAUCUUGAACGACGCCUUGAGAACUAUGGUAAAUGCAGAGAGGAGAGGAAAAGCCACAGCAAACCUUCAACCCAUCUCAACCGUCAUGACUUCUUUUCUCAAGAUCAUGAAAGACCGAGGAUAUAUAAAAGAUUUUCAAGUAUUCAAUCCGCAUAGAGUGGGAAAGAUUACUGUAGAACUGCAAGGCAGGAUAAAUGAUUGCAAGGCUCUCACAUAUAGGCAAGACAUCAGGUCUAAGGAGAUUGAAGAGUACAGAAUACGUAUGCUUCCAACGCGCCAGUGGAGCCACCUGAUUGCAACCUAGCAUCUACUUCCUCAUCUUGAGAGUUUGUAAGCCGAAAUCCCCAGAUUCUGUCAAGCACCCAUUACUGCCUGCUUCUCCAUUUCUGUAUUUGCAUUACCCAGUUCAUCUUUUGAAUAGCUGCAGUGAAGUCCCAACUAAUUGAAUGUUUUUCUGCUGAUAAAUGUCCAACAAAAAAAUAAAAAAACCCUCACGCAGAUAAUUCACCCCCCAAUUCAGUUGAUUCAUGACUUGACUGAGGACCAAACGAGUCAGUCUGGGUCGCUAAGUCAAAAAGCCGUGAUCAGAAUCAUUGCCAGUCUUCCAAGUGCCUUAUCCUGUCGAUCCUCAGUGACUGCAAUAUUAGAAGUUCAGACCUAGAUAUACCGGGUAUGCUGCUUAAUUGAUGUAUUCACCAUAUGCGGCUGCUGGGUCUUCUUAUGAGGCGAUCAGGUGGUGGACCCCACCACCUGCUGCUCCUUAAAACCAUGCCUUGUUAGCUUGUGGUAUUGUACACACAUACACCACUUGGUGUAUGUAUUGUGUAAUCUUGAUCACUCCAUUAAAAUACUAUGGGAGUUGCAAUUUCUUUGCUGAAAGAUGCAUGAUCUGGCUAAGAGAUCGGUCGGGAGGGUUUUCAGUUUGCUCCUUCCUUGAGGUGUUUUUGGGCCCUACUUCUAAUGUUCAGAGAAUUCAUAUGGGCUGCAUCUAGUGGUUCGGAGCCCCUCGGUAGGUAGCUGUGGUUGCAUGGCUCGAUGGUAGAAAUAAGAUCCUAACCAUUGAUAAUCUUCAUUAAGGUCAUUGUUGCUUCCAAAUAUUUGUCUCCCCUGUACGAAGAAUGAGGAAACGGUGGAGCAUAUCUUCAACCGCUGUCCUUUUGCGAAGGGAGUCCGGGAUGGCAUUC